AUGGAAUUUCAAUACAUUGAACAGCUGUGCGAAUACUCCAGGCAUGGAGACUUGAAGAGCAUCCAGUAUUUGUUGAGAGAACAUAAAGAGUUUGAUAGACGAAGAAUUAGGAAGGCAAUGGAAGAAGCAUUGUUUUUAGCAUCUGAAGGUGGAUAUUUAGACAUUGUCCAAUUUUUUGUGGAAUAUGGAGUCACUACCACUUUAGAACGUGAAGAUAAGCGCACUGCUUUACAAAUGGCAAUCUUCAAGAGAGAUUUGAAAAUGGUUGAAUGUUUAAUUGCGAACGGUGCUAAUCUAAAUGUAAAAGAUGAAAGCCAGCUUACCCCGUUGCACGUGGCAGCUUACCGUGGAAGCGAUAAAUUGGUCGAAUAUUUGCUUAAAAAAGGCGCUGAAGUAAACGAGAAGGAUGAAGCCAAGGUAUGUUGGGAACGUUAG